UCAAUCGAUUUUUGUUACUCACUUGAAGCAGCCAGCAGCUACCAUCUUGUAUGUGGUGUGGCAUGGUGUGGAAAAUUGGUGCUCAAGCUUUGGUGAAAAUUUCUGCUGGUGGACUGUAAUUGCUGCAUUUUCCGGAUGUGCUCUCGACUGGCUCGAGCGGCUCGAGUUAAGCAAUGAAUUGUGCGGACCGAGGCUGCUGAAAAACGGAGGAUUUUUCCUACAGCUAGAGUGUGUGUGUGUGCGUGUGUCUAACAUCGCCAUCAAGAAAAUUGUAGCAGCAGCAGUGGGCGACAAAUUUUCCUCUGCCCAGCGAAAAUCUUCGCAGCAGUAGCAGCAAAGAAUUUGCGAAAAAAAUCCAACAUGGCUCCGGGUCUUAAAAUAUGGAAGAGAGAGGCCGAAGCCGAGACCGAUGCAGCGAAACUAUCGGAGGCUGCAACCACUUUGGCGACGAAAAUCUUCGGCCACAAACAUCAUCGUACGACGACGGAAUCGACAGAACUAGAAACAGAAGAAAAUGACGAGUACUCGAGUACCGCGGCGCCAACGAAGGGCGAGGCGGAAAAGAUCAGCGAGAAGGCGGCGGAAAUCACCGAGGCCCUGGCACACGAGAUGGGCAUCCCGACGUGGGGCCUCGUGUCCAUCAUCAUCGUCGUCUGCCUGAUCAUCCUCGGCAUCUGCGGCUUCUGCAUCCGCCGGUGCUUCCGCAAGAGACGCUCCAAAGACGGCAAGAAGGGCAUGAAAGGAGUCGACCUAAAAUCGGUACAAUUAUUAGGUUCAGCAUACAAAGAAAAGGUUCAACCCGACAUGGAAGAACUGACCGAGAAUGCCGAGGAGAACGACGAGGGGGAGAGCAAGCAGAGCGAGCAGAAGCUGGGCAAAGUCCAGUACAAGCUUGAAUACGACUUCAACGCGAACGCCUUGACCGUGACCGUGAUCCAGGCGGAGGAGCUGCCCGCCCUGGACAUGGGAGGCACUUCCGAUCCGUACGUCAAAGUCUACCUGCUGCCGGAUAAGAAGAAAAAGUUCGAAACCAAAGUCCACAGGAAAACCCUCAAUCCGGUAUUUAACGAAUCGUUCACAUUCAAGAGCCUUCCAUAUGCCGACGCAAUGAACAAAACGCUGGUGUUUGCCAUCUUCGACUUUGAUCGAUUCUCGAAGCACGACCAGAUCGGCGAGGUCAAAGUGCCCCUCUGCCAGAUCGAUUUGGCCCAAACCAUCGAGGAGUGGCGAGAACUGCAGAGCGUCGAGGGCGAAGGCGGUCAGGACAACAAGCUGGGAGAUAUCUGCUUCUCGCUGCGUUACGUACCCACUGCAGGUAAAUUAACCGUCGUGAUCCUGGAGGCGAAGAACCUGAAGAAGAUGGACGUCGGUGGAUUGUCAGAUCCCUACGUUAAAAUUGCUCUGAUGCAGAAUGGAAAGCGUUUGAAAAAGAAAAAGACUAGUAUCAAAAAAUGUACACUAAACCCCUACUACAAUGAGUCGUUCUCAUUCGAAGUUCCUUUCGAACAAAUACAAAAAGUGAACCUGGUCGUCACCGUGGUGGACUACGAUCGCAUCGGCACGUCGGAACCCAUCGGUAAGGCCGUCCUGGGCUACAACGCAACCGGCACCGAGCUGCGCCACUGGUCCGACAUGCUGGCCUCGCCGAGGCGUCCGAUCGCACAAUGGCACACGCUGAAGGAUCCCGAGGAUGACAAGAAGGAUUAAGCAACAGCAGCAGCAGCAGGACACACGAGAGGCUAGCGAUUGAGGAAUCAUUGGAGGUGAAAAAUAGCAAAACAAUGAACAAGAGGCUUUUCGAGGUUGAAAACCUGUAAAUCAGUUCGGAAGUAACGAAGUUGAAUCAGGUUUAUGUAAAAUAUAAAAAAAGAAAGAAAAAAACAAAAAAUGUUAAUAUUUGUUUCGUUCAUUCUUGAGAGUAUGUUGAAAUAGUAGAUACAUCGAUGUCGGAAUCAAUCGGUUGAAGGUCAGUGCAGCAAGCGAAUCAUAAAAGACAAAAAAAAAACCCGCAUAAUUGGCUCGAAAAAGCAUGAUUGUUUUUCACUUUUUUCUCGAAUUGUUAAUCAGAAAUUCAAAAUUUAGAUCCAGAAACUGAAUGUUCCAAACAAAAAAAAAAUACAAAUCGUGGUUGAAUUUUUCAAACUAGCUCAGUUUUCUUAUGCGUAGCAUACACAAACACAUACAUAAGAUUAUGAAAAAUAUAAUACAUACAAAAAAAUGGAACAAAACUGCGCUGAAUCGAAAAGAUUGAAAACACACACACUUUAAAGAGCGCGUAUUGUGCAUCUUUUCUAGAGUUCUAGUGUAUCUCAUAAAUAAGGCAAAAUAAACAAAACAAAACAAAUAGGUGUUGCGCGCAGCGUGCAAAAGUGAGAAAAACAAGAGUCCACACAAAACUACUAUUUUAGCAUCGACAUCUAGAGGAUUUUAAUUUUUCCGUUCAUUAAAUGCCUGGUGUGACUCUGUGUGCAAGACUCACACACACUUACACAAACCCAAAAAAAAUGGUAAACAACAAAAAACAAAUCAAUAGAUAGUUCUGAAAUGCGCGGAUUACGGAUUGCAUCGGUCGAUCUACGGAGAAAAAAAAAUCGUAAAGAAUAGCAGCAACAAACACUAUAAUGGCCCCCCCAAAAAUCGAUGUUGUAGGAAAGAAGCACAAUAAUAGCCUAAAUCAUGCUAGCAAACAAAACAAAAACAAAGCCACACCGACACUGUGAGUAGGUUAACCAAAGAAGAAGAAGAAGAAAAAAAAAUGAAUGAAACAAAUCUGAAGUAACGAAGAAGUAAUAAAUGAAUGUUAGAGUCUUUUUAAGUAGGCAAGAGGUCGGCUUGGGUUUCGGAACGAUCAGAGCGCAUUACUGUAGGGUAUUAUUCGAUUCCUUUUGUGUUACCAAAAGGAGCUACAACAUCCAGGUGUGAUCUGCAAGUAAAUGUAAAGAAAGGCCAAGCACAUAUAUUGAGGUAAAACAAAAAUAUACGAAAGUCUUGACUGUUUGCAUGCUGCGUUCCAAAAAAAAAAAAACUAAAAUUUGUGUACACUUUUACUUUUGAUUCCGGACAAUAUUGAACGUAGUAAGAGAUCAAAUUUUGCAUCAUUUAAUAUGUUUCAACUUUCGGUUAGCAUUUGCGUUGAAACUUUGAUUCAAUCAAUCGGAUGAAAUCUACUUCCUAAGCGACCAAAAUGAGCAUUAAAAAAAACAGAGCUUUGACUAAUUGAACAUCUCACCGAACGACAACAAGAUAAGGCUAGAACAUCAGGCAUUUGGCUGCUCAUCAUUCCACGAAGGACAAACAUUCACAGCCACAGGAACAAAAAGAAGAAUGAAAAAAAGAAAACAUUGUUAUUUGAAUUAUUUUGUUUCCGUCGGAAGUAAACUAGGUUCACAAAUUCCAUAGAUUACUGAAAAUCAGUUUGAAGAAAUAUUAUUAUGAAAACUGUACUUCUUGUUGAAACAAAAAUAUAAAAAGUUAUAAAAAAAAGCUAUUUACCGUUAAAUAAGAUGAUCUAUCUAUUGAAUUAUAUAUACAUAUUAUAAAAGUUGAUCAAAUUUGAAUACGAAUAUUCCCAUAAAAUACAGUAUUUGUACACUCAGCUAUAUCAGUUCAAAAAUUCUAAUAACAUAGUCCGAUACACUCUGUAUAAAAAAACUUUCAACAGAACAAACAAAAACAAACCAACCCUUGUAACUAUAGUCGAGUUCCAGCAGAAGAAGUUGUUUAACAGAAUCAACCGGUGUUCGAUCAGCCCCAAUCGAAGAUUUUUGCACAAACAAACAUCUAUUUGAAGCUGAUCCAACACCCGGAUGACUUUACGUCCUAAACAAAUUCUUUCCCUUAACCAAAAAAAAAAGAAGAAGAAAAAAACAAACGAAAAGACGCAAGUAUAAAAGCGAAUUACUAGUGAUCUACUUAAUAUCAUAUUUGCUAGAACUAGUAUUUCUAGUAACUUCACUGUUAAGACUUAACAUUUCAAUGUAAACAUGUUCUGCAACGCUAAAAACAAAAAAAAGUUCAUUAUUUCUCUGUGUUUUUGCUAUCUCUAUCUCAAAGCCCCGUAACACAUCUCGUUCAAUCCUCCCCCACUUUUUUGGUAUGUGUUGAACUAAAUGUUUCCCUGUCAUAAGUUCGAGCUUCAUGUUUUUGCGCACGUUUGCCCCAUGCUUGAACAAAAGUUCCUGAAUUCGGCUGCUCAAAGAGCACAAAAGAUUCUCAUGGCAAACCUCGAUGGCACGCUGUACAGUUGACGCUAACAACUUGUUCAAACAUGAGGGCAUAAAAAAAACGUGGCGCAAAAUUCGACCAAAAUCAAUGUAUCUUCUCAAACACACCAACACACACACACACAGCUGAACGUCCUCUCCCCCGCCCCGUGUUGCCUCCUCUAAAUUUUUGAGAAAAAAAACGAAAAAAAAAACACGCUCAAAUGCAGGUUGGUUAAUGCAAGCUGAUUCGAAAUUGAUCGUUUUCAUGUGUAAAUAACCGAACGUAAGAAAUCGAAAUGAAGUUGUUUUAUCCUUCCAAAUGCGAAAUUUAAAAGAAGAAAAGACAAACAAAAACAAACAAAGAAACCCAAAAAAGUAAAAGGGAAGCUAGGCAAUAAAUAGAGAAAUGAAACUUUCUUGUUAUAAUCCAGUGCACACUUCGUAGAGGAAAAAAAAACUAGUUCAAACUGCACCACUCUAGUGAAAAAAGGAUAUGAUAAAAUAUGACAAAAAAAUCAACCUAUCGAAACCAUACAUAUGACAAUUGCAAAUUGCAACAAAAAAGAAUUACAUUUUCUUCAUAGACGAACGCUAACAUUGCGAAUAUUACAAACAAAAAACAGCACCAGCCGUUCAGCUGCUUACUGCUUUAGUGUGACCCAAGCUUCCUUUUUAUUUGGUGUUGAACAAGUACAUUAAAGGACACUCUGUCGUUAUGUUCUUCUCUCUUCCGUAACGAAACGAAAAUGUAACAAUCUGUAGAACGUGGACUGAAGUGGGAGGCGGGUUUAAAAACUAUUAAACUAAAGAGAACAUUAAUAAAUACUGUUUAUUCCAGCUAAGAAAAAACAAAACAAAGCAAAUCGAACGACAUUUUAUUUGAGGCAAAAACAGGCUGACUGACUAAUUGACGUAAAAAAGUGAGAGGGGAAAUCUCACAAUCUGACCCGAGAGGAGAAUACGAAAAAAAAAACCUUGCAUGGAAGUGACAGAGUUGGAACCCGGGGGAGACGACCUUUAAGAGAGAAAAAAAAACUAAUAAAGACAAACACACACGCCGCAUGCAUUUUAAGAAGCCGAAUUUCAACCAUAAAAAAAGAAA